CUAACAAAGAUUGCGAUUAAAAAAGCAAUGCCGUGACAUUUUCUCCAUUUACUAGCGGAUCAUAAUUUUUGAAACUUUCGAAAAUUUGCCCGUUACAAAAGUGACCAAUAAGAAUCUAGGAAUUGAAACUUCCCAACGACUCCCUUUUGGCGGGAACCAAUCACAAACACGGCCAUUUUGUAAAGUGCGUCAUCAAUGAGCAUAAAAAAUAAGUUUCGCCCAGGAUCAACCCUUCGAGACAAGUGGUGACCUUUAAAAGAUUUUGGUUGGUAGAAUAAAGAGAGAUGAUCUGCUUUCUAGAUGCGUCUAUCCUUCUACUACAUGGCGCAGAACCACAAAUUUGUGCAACAGCGUCGAUCUGCGUACUGAUACACCUGUUGAGGUGAAUAUUAUUCGAAAUUGAAAAAUAAAAGUACCUGCAGUGAAUUUACGGCUUCUGCAAACCCCGGAGGCAAGUUUCAAGAGAUAAUUGCAAUUCAGAGAGAAAUGAGUACCCCGAAAAAACCUGAUAAAGAUCCUGAAAAGGACAAAGAUGAAAAAAAAGAGCCUGCUGAUCCAAAGCCUACUCAAAAAAAGACUUCAGCCGCUAAGAAAAAGGGUAAAAGUCGCGUUCCCGAAUUUGUAACUUGCGGUCUCCCUAAGCCGGAUGAAGGUCCUUCGACAAGCUCAGCAUCCCCACGUAGACCCCUUAUGGGAAAAUACAAGCCCCGGGUCAGCAGUCCACCGCGCAGACCACCGCCACCGCCAGCCCCCUUUACACCCAGUUCAAGCAGCUCACCGGAGAAACAGCCUAUAGACUACCCAGCAAUAGAAGAUCUACCUCUUCCACCAAUUCCCGACAAACCCGCAAGUCCACUCAGUUUACCUGAUCAGCGGCGUCGAUAUGAAAAGCCCCCUGUGGAAAAAGGGGGCGACAAUGACAGCAGCUCGCCGGGAGAAGCCUGCGCCCUCCCGCCAGAGCAGUAUAAACAGAUCGCAGAAAAGGCUCGUAGAUCUCGACAAAAAAGGGAUAGUACAAGAUCGCACGCACGGGGCAAAGACGAGGGUUCCACCAGUUCACCUGACCUUCCAAAACGCAAACCGGAGAAAGAGGAGAAACCCAAAAGCAGAAGAUCUAGAGACACGCGCGGACGACGCGAGGCUAUAAGGGCUACUAUGAUGCGUAAGAGGAAGGAAAUGGAGCAUGCCUUGGCAGAAACUUUAACUGGUCUUGGUUGUUUUGACCCCUACUCGAACGCGACUGCUUCAAACUACAUUAUUAGAAGAUCCACUGGGAUUGUGUACGAUUCCGAGAUUACUAAACAUCGCUGCGAGUGGGACGAAAGACAUCCCGAGGAACCGCAAAGGGUGACCACCAUAAUGCACAAAUGUUAUGAAAGAGGACUGCUGGAUAAAUGUGUCAGAAUCUCAAACUUCUUGAGGACUGAUCUAUAUGAUAGAAUUCUCACUAAACACUCGGCUGAGCAUUAUGAAAAGUUGAAAACUCUGUGUCAAACUUCUAACCUGUCAACACUUGAACGGGAAGCCGCUCAAUAUAACUCAAUAUAUUUUAAUAGAUUUACUUUUGAUGCCGCAUGUCGCUCUUUGUCGUCUGUUUUGAACCUUGUAUUGGCCAUUGGUAAACAUGAGGUCAUGAAUGGGAUGGCUAUUGUAAGACCUCCAGGUCACCACGCCAUGUAUAAUGAAUUUAAUGGCUAUUGCUUCUUUAACAACGUUGCCAUUGCUGCAGAAGCGUCUAUCAAAGAUGGUUUAUCAAAAAGAGUAUUGAUCGUAGAUAUAGACGUCCACCAUGGCCAAGGUACUCAACAGAUGUUCUAUGACCGGAAAGAUGUGUUAUAUUUUUCCGUGCACCGCUAUGAGCAUGGGUGUUUUUGGCCAAAUUUGCCACAUGGCAAUUUCAAUUACAUUGGUAAAGGCGAGGGUUUAGGUUACAACAUCAACGUGCCUUUAAAUGCAACGAAUUUACGCGAUGAUGAUUACUUAGCAAUCGUUUUCUCCCUUUUGUUGCCUGUGGCUUACGAGUUCAACCCUGAUCUUGUUAUUUUAUCUGCUGGCUAUGACGCGGUUAUGGGUUGCCCCGAGGGUAAAAUGCAAGUAACUCCUGGUUUUUACUCCCACUUGGUGGCCCUGCUUCAUGGACUCGCUAGAGGCAAAAUGGCUGUAGUUCUCGAAGGGGGUUACUUCAUCCCUACUCUCACAGAAGCAGCUUGUUUGACCCUUAAAACACUGCUUGGAGGACCUUGCCCAGCUUUGGACCCAAUUAGAGGCGUCCACCCCACCGUCAUUGAAACAAUUCGCAAUGUUCGUCGUACUUUGUACGGCAAAUGGAACUGUUUUAGUAUUUGCGAAUUCGUCGUCCCAAAGGCUGGUGUGGCCAAAGACGAGAACGACAUAUACAAAAUACAGUACUUUGGAGUACCAGAAAAAGCACCGUUUUUAACUAGAAAUUGCUACCCGGAAAAUUCGAUCCCGGAGCAUAACUACUAUGUACGAAUGAACAAGGCUUUAAGAGAAAGAUAUCGCGCUUCGCUGACUUUGCCUUUUACGUACAUCUACGAUGAGAAAAUGCUAAAGCAUAAGCCACAAAAAGGGGACGUUGAACGUCCGGAAAAACCCGACCGUCUUACGACUAUUUUGGAGACCUUUAAAGACUUUGGGGUUGACAAGCGCUUGGUGCGAACCAAGAUCGUCAAGCGCGAUUGGGCUAACUACAGCCCUCAUAUUCCCCGCUAUAUGGCCGCAAUCAACGCAGCGUUGCUGCAGACGACUGAUUUGUAUGUCAACGAGCACACUAAUGAGGCUGUUGAUACUGCCGUUUGCGGUAUCUUAACAAUUCUUGAUGGUGUAAUGACUGGGACCACUCGAGGAGGUGUCGCCCUCAUCCGUCCUCCUGGCCACCAUGCAGAAGCCAACACACCUCUGGGAUUCUGCUUCGUUAAUAAUAUCGGUGUGGCCGCUACAUACCUCAGCAUCAAGUAUAAUAUGCAAAGAAUUUUGAUCGUCGAUUUUGACAUACAGCACGGAAAUGGAACCCAGAAUAUGUUCUAUUCCAACCCCCAUGUUUUGUACAUUAGCAUCCAUAGGGACGAGAAGGUCGGGGAGGACAACAUUUUUUAUCCAACUUGUCCCCACAGCUUUAAAAAUGAUGGUCAUGGAGCUGGCAGAGGUUUAAAUAUUAACAUUCCCUUUAAAAGAGACGUGAUGGGGGAUACUGAAUACAUCUCUGCAUUUCAAAAUAUAGUUCUACCGGCAGCUUAUGCUUUUGCCCCUCAAGUGGUACUCGUUUCGGCUGGCUUUGGUGCCGGCAUUUAUGAAGAAAAAUCGGGUGGUUAUAACGUGAACCCAGAAACAUUCGGGCAUUUAAUCUUGAUGCUUAAACCACUGGCUGAAGGACGAGUGAUUCUGAUCUUGGAAGGAGGGUUUAACGUGAUCACAACUAGUUUAUGUAUGACUAUUUGUACAAAAGCUUUACUUGGAGACCCAAUAAUAAUGCCCAAAAAUGUAUACAAGACCUUCUCAGAGUCUGCGAUUCGAACCAUCAGAAGCGUCAUGGAUCAUUUAAAGAAACAUUUUAAUAUAUUCCAUAUAAAUACGAAAUUACCACAUACGGCCGUUGUUGUUAAAAAGGUAGACAUUUUUACAGAAGAGACGUACUCAAAGACGCUCACACGUACUCUUGACCCUGAUAAAGUUGAUGACAAUGCAUACGUUGAAAACGAAAUGAGGAUUUUGAAUUCCUCAAAUCACUAAACUAGUCUUACGUUUCUUGUGAUCUAACCCAGUUACCUGACUUGCUAGUCAUCAAUAAUUACCAAUUUUGAUAUUAUCUAUACAGUAUUUUAGAAGUUCGUUUUUUGUCAUUGUUUAAAAAUUCUGUGUUAGUUUUGUUUGUUGU